ACUAAUUUCCAAAAGGCAAGUUUUGGUGGGAUUAAUCGAGCUGGGCUGGAAGCAGUUCAUUCUGAGGCAUAUAAGGUUCUUGGUGGGAUUAAUCGAGGUGGGCUGGAAGAUGAACAAGAAAAUUAAUGAGAAGAACACUCGGGAGCUAAAGCUUAUAGACCAUCUUAGCGAGAUAAUUAAAGUCGAAACACAACAAGGUGAUACUGAGACUAAUUUCCAAAAGGCAAGUUUUGGUGGGAUUAAUCGAGCUGGGCUGGAAGCAGUUCAUUCUGAGGCAUAUAAGGUUCUUGGUGGGAUUAAUCGAGGUGGGCUGGAAGAUGAACAAGAGGUUAUCACAGAGGCUGACAAUGUCAGCAGGCAACAAGAUGGGAGACAUUCUAAGAAAGAGUCUGAGAAGAAGAUAUCACCUUUAUCAACAUUGGAAUCUUCAUUUGAAGCUCUAAACGUGAAGAAAUUUGAUGUUGCAAUUGCUGUGGAUCCUCUUUAUCAUCAGACAUCUGCACAAUUUGGUGAAGGAGGAGCGAAGAGUUUCCUAUUGAAUAAUCUUGGAGUAUGUGGAGGAUGCCAGCUGCUUUUUGAUUCAUUUGAAGUGCCAGGGAAAUACAAACCAUGUUCACAGCAAAAUGAUAUUUUAGAUAUGAUCGAUAUCGCAUUUGCCAAAGAAUCUCUUGCACAGUUGGUGAUGAACAUACUGGCAAAGGAUGAAAUUUGUCCAACUCUUAGGGACAUAAUCUGUCAUUUUGAUGAAGACGAUCAAAGAUCAUCGGAAGCAUUUAGUGUAGAACAGAAGUUUGAUGUGACAGUUGAGAUAUGCAACACUAAUGAAGUUGAGUUGGAGAAUAGUUCAUUUGGGAACUAUGAAGCAGGGACCUUUAGCCACGAUGAUGAGGCGAGCAUUUUCAAUGGGAGCUUUACUUGUGAUUCUACACUUCCAAGGCAUAAGGAGGAGAAUGAAAUCUGUACAUCAUCCGAACCUGAUAUAGAUCAAAGCUUUGAGAAUGUUACCAUGUUUUUGUUUCAAGGGUUGGGAAUUAACUCAAAGCAAAAUAGGUGGGCAGGUCCUGAUGACUGGAAAUUUCAUAAGCAAGGUCCAGAGUAUGUCUGUGCAGCAGAAAGCGAUCAGCAUUUGCAACUAAGAGAACGAAGAGCAAAAGUCAAGCAGAUAUGGAUAUUGAUUUCAUGAUAUCAUUGGAUAGUCAAAGGGUUGAUAGCUUUGCUCAUUCCAAAAGUCUAAAAUCCUUACUACUACCUGCAAACCGAGCACCACGUAGCAACACAUUUCCAGAAGAUUGCCAUUAUCAACCUGAGAAUCUUGUGAAAUUGUUUCUUCUUUCUGAUAUUCCGUGCCUUGGAAAGAAAAGAAGGGAACUAUCAGAUAAUAAAUCAUGGCAACAAAAAAAUGAUUUUGCUGAAGCAUCGUUGUCAUGGGGCAAUGAGAGUGGUCUUAGUGGCCAAUAUGAUGAUGAAUAUUUUCAGGGUGUGGAAGGUGCUGAUGACCUUGUUUCUCAGCCAGGCCAGGUGAGAAAAAUUGAAGUACAAUAUGAUGAAACUUCUAAACAAGUUGACGUACAGGCACUGAAAGAAACGCUCUGGGAUCAUAUUCAAGAAUCUACUGAAGUUCCUGAAAAGUUUGCAACACUUAGUAUCUUUCAAACAUGUCUUGGCCACAUUUCCUGUUGGUUGUCGAGCUUCAGCUGUUGAAGAUAUCUCACCGCAUUUGUGCUUCAUCUGCCUUUUGCAUUUAGCCAAUGAGCAUGGAUUAAGCAUCCAAGAUUUUCCCAGCUUGGAUGAUCUCAGUAUGCAUCUUCCUCCUCUAUGCCAUAAUAUGGACAAAGUGGCGCAGUUUUCUUAGUUAAAGAUAUUCUGUAAGUCUCAAAAUGUAUGUUAGAAUAUACCAUUUCUCUUUUUGUGAAUCAUUUGGGCCAAUCUUCCAUUUCUAUUUUCCGGAGUGUUUGGGCCAAGCAAUACCAUGAAAGUGUUGGGUAAUAUAUAUGCAUGAUACACGCAUACCCAUUUUUCUUUCUUUCUUUUUCCUGGUGGUGGGGGCUGUGUUUCCACUUUCCACUAUAUUGUAUAUAUAACGAUCUUGCUGCUUCCUUGCAUUUGCUAUCAUUUGAAAUAGAUAUUUCAAAGUGAUAUCUGAGAUCUUCAUAUAAAUUUUCAUGAUUAGGAAUUGUU